ACCCACAAAACUGUAAGUUCAUGACCUACGCUGAAGUCGGACACUUAACCAACUGAGACACCCAGGCACCCUGACAAUAGAUAUUUAUCUUCAGUUAGACAUGUGUAAUUAUGGAAAACCACACUGGGGAAUACUUUCCUGAUUAGAUGAGGGUGGGACCAGAUGGGUAACAAAAGGUCAGUUGUUCUAAAUGUGAGAAAACAAUAGAUACUUUAUGUUAAAUAUGCAAAAAAUAGAAUGGUAAUGCAAACAGGCACAGGUUAAUUCUCUGCAGUUAGAUUAUGACAAUUCUUAAAAAUUAUACCUUCUUCCCUCUUUCUGUGAAUCAUCUUAUCAUUAGAAAGUAGGAAAUAUUGUUUGCAAAGGAGAGAGUAAAUCAUGUGAGAGGAGGAGUCAUCUGAAGAGUCUAAGUCCCAGAGAACAGGCCAUGGUAAGGGCAGGCAAAGAGGAGGAGGGUAAAGCCUCCUUGUUUGGCCAGUGGAAGCAGGGAGGAGCCCAGGACAAGCACCCAGAGACUCCCAAACCGAGAGCUCUCCACUCCGGCCAGAGUCAUGCCGACCCAGGCUCUCCUGCCCAUCCUGCUCCUCUCUGUGUUGCUGCUGCUGCUACAGGUCCAGGGAGGGCACCGUACACUGAACAGGAUGCAGAAAAUAGAGCAGUUCAAUGAAGUCAAGGUUUGUGAAAAGCACACCAACAUAUAUAUGUGCAGACGUCCAUGUGAAUAUCACCAAGAUUGUCAAGCAAAUAACAUAUGCUGUUCAACCUUCUGUGGGAAUAUCUGCAUGACACUCUAGGGAGUGGGUGAGGGAGAUGGGCUGUGCACCCCGCUCCCCUAACCCUCCAGGCAGACCAGCA